AUGUCCACUUUGAUCCACCAACUCCAUGGUGUUGCUGUGCGAAAACAGAAUGACACCUUUGCUACUUGGCACGAGAUUAAUGGUGCUGUCGGGAAACAAUACACAUUUGGAGAGCUUUGGGCAGAAGCCGGAGCAAUUGCAUACAAUCUACACCAUGUGUGGGGGGUCAAGAAAGGAGACAAGGUGGUCUUGUGCUAUGACUUUGGGCUGCACUUUUUUGCUGCCUUCCUUGGUUGUUUGAGGGCUGGGGUUGUGGCCAUUCUGGUCUAUCCUCCAUUCCCACCUCUCACCAAGACACUCACAAAGAUGGAGAAAGUCAUCAAAGACUGCCAGCCUGUGCUGAUUUUGACUGACAUAACAAUAAUGGCAUUGAAGAAAGUGGAUGAGCUAAAACCAUUCUCAAAGAGCAAGGGAAUGUGGCCUAAGGGCAUCGCCUUCAAGGUCACAAAUGGCAUACACUUUCUCCCAAAAAUGAAAUCAUUUGAUCAGGAAGACAUUCUUGAGUCAGAUAUUGCAUUCUACCAAUACACAUCGGGGAGCACUGGUGAUCCAAAGGGAGUUUUGGUGACAUUUAAGGCAUUGGAGGCCAAUGUAAAGAUUAACCAUGAUGGCAUUAGCCAGAAGCUCACAGAAGAUGGAUUGGAUGCAGACAAAGUUGUUGGCUUCUCUUGGCUACCACAGUACCAUGACUUUGGAUUGAUCUUUGCCUCCAUAGUCCCUUUUGCUGAAGGGUGGAGGAUGCACAUGAUGUCCCCCAUUUCAUUCAUCAAGAAACCCUUGCUUUGGUUGGACCUCAUGUCAAACCAUAAUGUUACAUUUGGUGUGGCCCCUGACUUUGCCUAUCACUUGGUAGCCAGAAAGUUUAAGGAGGAGAUGUCAAAAGCAGGUGGAAAAUGUCCAAUUCCAAACCUUGAUCUUUCUUCAGUCAAGUACCUACAGAAUGGGGCUGAGCCAAUAAGGCUGGACACUCAAGAAGCAAUUAGUUCCACAUUCUCUGACUUUGGAUUAAGGAAAGCAUGGUUCUGCAGUGGAUAUGGUUUGGCAGAAAAUGUUGUCACUGUGUCCUGGCUGAAUGAAUACCACCUGUCCACCCAACGACAAGGGGACACAAAAAGCUUUGUAGCAGUGGGGUCUGCUGAAACAUUCCAUUCAGCCAUGGACAUCAAAAUUGUUGACCCUGUCAGUCAACAGGAAAAUCCUGAAAACAAAACUGGAGAGAUUUGGCUUUCUGGACCAUCUGUUGCUGCUGGAUAUCAUGGAAAACCAGAACUGUCCAGUGAGGUCUUCCAAGCCAAGCUUCUCUCUCGAGAUUCUGCCACUGAUCAGGACGAUAGUACCACCACCUUCCUUCGAACAGGGGACCUGGGCUUUAUGCAAGAUGGGUACUUGUAUGUUUGUGGCAGGAUCAAAGACUUGCUCAUUAUCAAUGGUGUCAACUACUAUCCCCAAGAUAUUGAGCUUGCUGUUCAAUCCUGCAAUGGUGUCAGGCCAGGGUGUGUGGCAGCCUUCUCUUCUGAUGACUCUGGUGAAGGUGAUGGACAGCUUGAAGUUGUCUUUGAGAUUAGGAAUGCAAACAAGAUGACUGCACAGGCUGUUUGUGAGGCAAUCAAAUCUGCGAUCAUUCAGGAUAUUGGUAUUGUUCCUUCCAAGAUUGUGGCAUUGGAAGAAAGAAGCAUAGCCAAGACAACCAGUGGCAAGAUACAGAGAAGGAGAAACAGAGACCUGCUCCAUGUAAAUCAACACAAAGCUGUGUUUGUGCUGGAUCAGUCAUCGAAGUUGGCAGGUGAGGGUAAUGGACACCAGAAAAUUGGCCACAAUCUCCCUCCUGCAGAGAAGUUUGAUGCCAUCAUGACUUCACUCCUGGGAUCUGACUAUGAUCCAAAUUCUGGAUGGGAUGAAAAUGGCCUCACUUCCCUCAUCUUGAUGGAGCUCAACAACAAGCUAGCCGAAUCUUUUCCAGCCACCAUCCCCAGCACAGUCCCUUCUUUUUGGUGCUACAAGCUCAUCAUCUAUGAUGGAGCACCACCUUCUCUGGGGAUAUUUCUUCCGCUAGUCUUCUUGCUUUGGCACAUCACCUUCACCCUCUUGGUUUGCCUCUCAAAGUGGAUUGUAAUUGGCAAGUACACUGCCAGAGAGGUUCCAGUGGCAUCCAUAUACUAUGUCAGAUGGUGGUUUGUUGACAGGGCAGUGCACCUGUGGGAGAUGUUGAUUGGCAGGUAUGUCAUGGGCACUCCAUGGCAAUGGCUGUUCUAUUCGAUGAUGGGCUGCAAGGUCCACUCCUCUGUCAAGUUGGAUUGCUUCCUUCGAGAGUUUGAUCUCUUGGACAUUGGUGAAAAUACUGAAAUCAGUUUUGGAAUCAAAUGCAGAAAGUUUGGUCCCUGGUGCGAGUCUGGGCCACAUGCUGGGUCUCCCACAUUGAGGUUCAGACAAAUCAGAGUGGGGCAUGGCUGUGUGGUUGAAGGACAAGUAGGUCCUGGUGUGGUACUUGGUGAUGGCAGCAAAGUGGAGAAGCUAGCUGCGGUCCCAGAGGGUUCCCAGGUCCCAGCUGCUGCCAUUGCAAGAGGAAGUCCUGCUCACCAGAGUGGCAUGUCACAGCCCAAAAAGAAAACUGAGCAUGAAAAGCAGGGUAUGGCUGUGUUAAGAGUUGCCAAAAUUGUUGGGCCCCUCAUGGAACUCUACUUGACCUUUGUCAUUGCUGGGUCUGCUGGGUGGGCCAUCACGAUUGGACUCUCUGAGUUGGAGUGGCGCUAUUCUACCCUGUUGAAGGCGUUCCUCAUCAUUGUCCUUGCAGGUAUUGGAAACUUACUGGUCUGCAUUCCCAUGAAAUGGAUUCUGAUUGGACACCGAAAACCAGGUCCAGUAACCGACAACUCCAUCUUCCAAGAGUCGAUUGAUUGGAUGGUUGACUACCACUUUUACACCAGCAUUCUUCUUUUGGACCUAGUGGCCAAUAAUGCAGUGAUAGUGAAUGCAAUGCUGUGGUUGCUGGGCUUGGAUAUUGACAUGGAAUCCAAGGUUUGGACUGAAUACUUUCCUCCUUCCAAGGUUGAUUUAAUCACUGUCACAAAGUCAUCGCUAUCUGUUGCACAUUUUGAUGUUAAGCAAAAUGGAGAGUACAGAAAGGUCCACAUUGAAAACUCCAGCAUUGGGCACAGUGUCACUAUUGAUGGUGGUGUAACCAUUGACUCUGCCCAGGUCAACCCAAUGACACAUGUGACAGCCAACAUCCAUGAUGCUUUGACUUCAAAGGGAACAAGAUUGCCGCUAUCAAAAAGAUUGGUGGUUGACCUUGCCACACCUUUGAUAGCCACAGUGCUCUUCUUCUCCAUCAUCCCAACUUACGAGUUCUUCCAAGUAGACUUCUUUGUUCCCUUGGUUGGAUUUCCAGUUGUGAAAAUGGCUUUGGCACUUGCAGUUUUCUGUUUCUCUUGGUUCUUUCUCCUCAUACUGCUCCAUUGGGUCACAUAUCCAAGUCAUUACUUUUUUGGAGCUCGAGGACAAACUAAGCCCUGGUCUCUGGCUAUGUUUGCAAUUUACAUGGACUUGCACUGCUACCUCUGGGACUUCUCCCUUCUUCCAAUCUUCUGGGGCACACCCUUCUUCAACUGGUUCCUUAGAGGCAUGGGAUGUAAUGUAGAGGGCCAAGCUUUCUUCUUUGGCAUUCGCCUCUAUGACUUUCCCUUGAUGACAAUCAAGGACAAGACCAUCAUUGAUUCAUGUAUUGUUUCUGGGCAUUCUUGGGUCUUUGAUGGUGUUUACAUUGGACCAACAACUGUUGCUGGAGUGCUACAUGAGGGAAGCUUCUGUUUAGCCAACACAUACUUGUUGGAUUCAAGCAAAGAGACUCACCCAAUGCAGUUUGUGCCCCCCAGAUCGAUUGGGGAGGAAGGGAAACACACCGAGCUGUGA